UGUCCAUCGCCAUCAUCGCCACAGGGCACAACCGACCCUUUACCUGCAAUCUGUUUGUCGUUGUCAGUCUUCACACGCCAUGAGUCACUACCUUAGGGAGCAUCUCGAUGCCGUCGGCGAGCUCCCCCAAAAGCUGCGCGAGACAAUGACCUCGAUCGGCCUGCUGGACGAUCGCGUGCAGUCCAUCUCCGCCCUCAUCGACAGCGACAUCGGCGAGGUGGCGAGGGCGAGACAACGGUACUACGCACAGUUCGACAGCAGCAACAACAGUGGUGAUGACGACAGUGGCGGUGAAAGCCAUCCUCCCCGCACUGGUAGAGCAAAGAAAUCCCGAACGAAGAAGGGAGCACCGAAGACUCGACCACAGGCACGCGCCACCAAGGGUCCGGUGCCGGACGGUUGGCGUACCCCGGAGAUCAGGGCGCUCGAGGACCAAAUCAACAGUCGCAUCGACCUCGUACUCCGCAUGGCAGACGAGAAGUGGCGCCUGGCUCAGCACGCCUACGACCGGCUGGACGUGAACAUCCGUCGUCUCGAUGCGGACCUGGGUCGUAUGGAGACUGACCUCCGUCGACAAGGUUUACUACCCCCACGCGAAGUCUCCGCGACCCCGCCGUCGAGGAAACGCCGCCGGUCGGGGGCGGAGAAAACCGACGAACCCGAGUCUGACUGGUUGGGCCUCAGCCUUUCGGAACGGGACGACCUUCCGGUGGACCCCAACGAGCCGGUGUACUGCUUGUGCAUGCAGGUCUCGUACGGGAAGAUGGUGGGUUGUGACAACCCGUCUUGCGACAAUGGGGAAUGGUUCCACUUCGGGUGUGUCAACCUCACCAAGAGGCCACCAGGGCGGUGGCUGUGCCCAGGCUGCACGGCGCAGCGGCGGCAGUCCCGCCGAGGCGGGGGGGGCGGAGCGGCGGCGGCGGCUGCCGCCGCCGCCGCGCAGGUUGACACUGCCAGCCCGUGGUCGGUGGUGAACUGAGGCAGGAGGGCCCGGAGUUUUAGCGGUGGGUAUGGGAGGGUAAGGGGUGGCAUUAUGUGUGAGCGUGAACCGACGGAGGAGACGGGAUUCAACACGGCUGGCGGUUUUGGGCGGAUGGUUUUAUGUGCGCAGGAGGAAGUCGAUGGGCAGUUGGGAGGGUGUGGAAUGCCAUCGGUGGGCCCGCCUACGCCGUUAAUUGACACAUGCACCGGGGUACCGAUGGAAGAUUGAUGUAGGCUGUGUGGUGUGUACGUGUGGAGGGUAAGGUGAAAAUAAGAAGGGUCAGGAGCUUAGAAACUGUGUGUAGUGUAGGAGGUGAAAGUCGACAGCGUUGAAGGGUUGGAACGUGUAAGGGGUACGGGCGUUUGACCGCGACGACUCGCACGGUACAGCGGUACAAUAGAGGCAUCGAGACUGUUCUACUUGCAAUAUUUGUUCUUGGAGGGGAAGGGGGAAGGGCAGGGGUGAAGGAGACAGGUGCACUUGCGCGGGUGUUAAUUGGGGCAGGAGAGAGUACAUGUGGAGCGAUGUGCUGGGGGAUAUUAUUUCGUGGAGUGGUGGGGGCUGUAGACGUCGAUCCACAACAUCGACCGCUAAACUUUUUAGGUUUUGUGUGCGAGGUUAUUUUGGUUGUGUGAUGCUGUUCGAAUAUCCAGCGGUGUAGACCCCCUAGUGCCAUAGAAGGCAUCGCACCCCGUGCGCAUGUACCAUCUUUGUUUCCCCUGAGCUUGGUGCAACGACGUUUUUCGGGCGGGGUGAGUGGUGGGGUGCAGUUGAUGUUUGUGUUGUUUUGUGUGAAGCAUGCAAGCUCGUGUCACCGGGUGUCUGUGUGUGACGUGCGAAAUGUGUGAAACAGAACGUCGUGUGUCGGGCUCGAGGUAGACAGGGAGGCCGCAUCGCGGUGUUUGUGUGUGCUCCAGGCGCUUCGGUACCGUCGCUCUCUCCCUCUCUCUCUGUCUCUCUCUCUCUCUCUCUGACGUGGUGCUUGCUCGCGCCUUGUUUCAACGAGUCUAGUCUUUGUUCUGGAUCGUGCGGUGUCGUCGUGCGUGCGGCGUUGGGCAUGAUGAGCACGUCUUGUUUUCUUCGCAGCCUGCGGGGCAGCGCAGACGUCCUUCCACCGCGGUGGCUGACUUACGUGUGUCUUUGUUCUUUGAUGUUGGCAUCGAUCGCGCUAACCGGCUGGCCAAUGAAAAUACUUCGAUGCCAGCGGGUAAAAUUGAGGUCCCUGAAAGGGUACCAAACUUCGAAAUUUGCGCAUGCGCUGGAUGCGAAUGCCGGAAA